AUGACGGGCUUUCAACGAUGGCUGAAAAAGCUGGAGGUGGAAGCAGAGCCAGGGUUGACCAGUGCCCAGUUGAUGUUGACGAACAAUGACUUACGACCAGUGGAAGCGGAGCGGCGUCAAUGGAAGUGGUACAAUUUCGUCGCCUUCUGGGUGGCAGAUUCUCUCAAUAUUAACACAUGGAUGAUUUCCUCUUCAAUGAUUGUCGAUGGCUUGUCGUGGUGGCAGUCGUGGCUCUGCGUUUGGGCUGGAUACUUCAUCGCUGCGUGCUUUGUAUGUCUGACCGGUCGCAUUGGUGCAAUCUAUCAUGUCUCCUUCCCCGUAGUUUGCCGAUCGUCGUUCGGAGUCUGGGGCUCCUUGUGGCCAGUUUUGAACCGAACAGUCAUGGCUGUGAUUUGGUACGGUGUUCAGGGAUACAUUGGAGGCGAGUGUAUAACACUGAUGAUUCGGGCGAUUUGGCCAAGCUAUCAAGACUUGCCUAAUGGAAUUCCUGAAGGUUCUGGUGUCACCAGUAAGGACUUUUUGAGCUUCUUCCUCUUCUGGCUGCUCUCUUUACCUGCCUUGUGGUUCCCAGUCCACAAGCUGCGCCAUCUCUUCACUGUCAAGUCCAUCUAUUCUCCAAUUGCCGCCAUUUCGUUUUUUGCCUGGGCUAUUUCUCGCGCUCACGGCAUUGGUCCUAUUGUCCACCAACCUAACACUGUUCACGGAAGCGCCUUAGCCUGGGCCGUGGUGAAGGCGAUUAUGAGCUGCUUGGGCAACUUUGCUACGCUUAUUGUGAAUGACCCCGACUUUUCUCGAUUCGCGCGGAAACCCUCGGACGCUCUAUGGCCCCAGCUGCUCACAAUUCCCAUUGGAUUCGGCAUCACCUCGUUUAUUGGCAUCAUCGCUUCCUCGUCCUCUGCAGUCAUUUUUGGGGGGGAUCCAAUCUGGAAUCCUCUGGAUCUUCUAGGAAACUUCCUCGAGGGUGCUAGCUCUGGGGAGCGUUUCGGUAUCUUUAUCAUCGCCCUGGGGUUUGCUUUGGCCCAGCUGGGUACAAACAUUUCUGCCAAUUCGGUCUCUGCCGGCACUGAUAUGACGGCUUUGCUUCCCCGAUACCUCAAUAUUCGGCGUGGUAGUUACAUCUGCGCCGCUGUGGGUUUGGCAAUGUGUCCGUGGAACCUUGUGUCCUCUUCCAACCAAUUCACCACCUAUCUGUCGGCCUAUUCUAUUUUCCUGUCUUCCAUUGCAGGUGUUAUGAUCAGUGACUAUUACCUUGUGCGUAAAGGAUACUUGCAGAUCAAGGACCUUUACAAUGCCGGGGAAGACUCUGCCUACCGCUUCAGCUACGGCUUCUCUUGGCAAGCAUACGCCUCGUAUCUUUCCGGUAUUAUUAUCAACAUUGUUGGAUUUGCCGGCGCCGUUGGACGCACGGUACCAGUAGGCGCUGAAUAUAUUUACAAUGUCAACUACUUCUCCGGCUUCAUCAUCUCCUCCGGCAUGUAUUACAUUCUGACCCGUCUCUUCCCCAUUCCGGCCACAAGCGACACCUGGCACGAAGUCCAUGUGGAUAUCGACAACUUAUCGGUUGCAGAGGGGCAAGACCUGGACUCGGACGACUUGCGCACCACCGGUAAGACUGUAGGCUACGACUCUACUCUAGGCUACGGCACGAUGCCGGACUACAAGGGCGCAAAGGUGGGUUCUGCGAACGUUGUAUAG